GGACUCGUUGACGCCUUCGCCCUCCAAAGGCGGUUCUUGAGAGAGAGGGAAAGAGCGAGGGAGGGAGAAAGAGAGCGCGCUUGCGGCCGAUAGGAGCGAUUUCCACCUCUCUCCGAACCCUGAUUUCGAUCUAGAAGCCCCCAAUUUCUCGAUUCAUAAGCCUUGAUUCGAACCUUUCGGAGAUCGGAGCUCUUCCACAGCUCCGAUGGCGCUGCCGAGGACGAGGCUUCUGCUCCUCGUCUUCCUUGUAUCACACGUUUUUGCCGCAUUCGGGGGGAAGAACUAUUAUGAUGUGUUGCAAGUUUCGAAGGGAGCCUCUGAGGAGCAGAUCAAGAGGGCCUACAGGAAGCUCGCUUUGAAGUACCAUCCCGAUAAGAACCCCGGAAACGAGGAGGCUAACAAGAGAUUCACGGAGAUCAACAAUGCAUAUGAGGUGCUGUCGGAUCGUGAGAAGAGGAGUAUCUAUGACCGGUACGGCGAAGAGGGUGUGAAGCAGCAUGCCAGUAGUGGAGGAAGGGGUGGCGGGAUGAACAUCCAAGAUAUUUUUAACAAUUUAUUUGGAGGUGGUAUGGCAGAAGAAGAGGAAGAAGCGAUACCAAAAGGUGAUGAUGUAGUUGUUGAAUUGGAUGCCACACUAGAAGAUUUAUACAUGGGAGGUUCAUUAAAGGUUUGGAGGGAGAAAAAUGUUAUAAAGCCAGCCCCUGGUAAGAGGCGUUGUAACUGCAGGAAUGAAGUUUAUCAUAGGCAAAUUGGUCCAGGAAUGUUUCAGCAGAUGACUGAACAGGUCUGCGAGCAAUGUCCAAACGUGAAAUUCGAGCGAGAGGGUUAUUUUAUCACUGUUGAUAUUGAGAAGGGGAUGCAAGAUGGACAAGAGUUGCUUUUUUAUGAGGAUGGUGAACCUAAAGUUGAUGGUGAAGCUGGAGAUCUGAAGUUCAGGAUCCGAACAGCACCACAUGAGCACUUCAGAAGGGAAGGCAAUGACCUGCAUACAACUGUGACAAUUUCACUGGUCCAAGCUCUUGUUGGUUUCGAAAAGACCAUCAAGCAUCUUGAUGAACAUUUAGUGGAACUUGGCACAAAGGGAAUCACUAAACCUAAAGCGGUGAGAAAGUUCAAAGGGGAAGGCAUGCCUUCGCACCUAAGUACAAGGAAAGGAGAUUUGUACGUGACAUAUGAAGUUUUGUUCCCCAAGUCACUAACCGAAGACCAGAAGACUAAGAUCAAGGCAAUUCUUUCUUGAAGCUGGCAUUGGUAUAACUUGUUCUCCUUUGUAAUUUGACUAGGUUUAAUUGGAAGGUGUACAGCCCCUGGAAUUUUCCCAAGUGGCUCCUAUUUGAAUGAUGUCAUUGACAGUAAUCCUUGUUGGCUGCUAGUCUCCGUUGGGUGAGGUCACCUCUUCCUUUUUUUCCCUUCUUUUUUUUUUUUUGUGGUGGGGGUGGAGGGGAUAGAUGUAGUUUAGAAAAGGAAACUGAUUAAUUGGAAUAUGAUCCAUCUCCCCCUUACCUCAGCUAGGGGGAAGAGAAACAUUAUGGAAUGAUGCUUGGUUAUGAGAUUCCAUCUCCAUGACAGAAAUUAUAUCAUCACCGCUUUCAAAAUGUAUCAAAAAUGAUGAAUUAUGACUUGUUAUAUUUUGUUCAUUGCCAUUGUCAUUGCUUGGCGAGAUGA